AUGCCAGGAAGACUGGAGGGCAAGGUUGCCAUCGUCACCGGCGGAGCUUCCGGUUUCGGCAAGGGCGUGGCGACCAAGUUCGCCGCCGAGGGCGCCAGGGUCAUCAUCGCGGACCUCUCGCAGGAGGCCGGCGAGGCGGCCGCCAAGGAGCUGGGUUGCGACUUUGCCGUCGCCGACGUGACGAACCGGGAGCACUGGAAGCAGCUGCUGCAGACGGCGCUGGACAAGCACGGCCAGCUCGACAUUGUGGUCAACAACGCCGGCGCCACGUACGCCAACAAGGCGACCGAGACGGUGACGGAGCACGACUUUGAUCUGUGCUUCAACGUCAACGUCAAGUCGGUGUACCUGUCGGCCAGCGUCAUCGUGCAGUACUUCCUCAACAAUAAGCGGCCAGGGUGCUUCAUCCAGAUGGCCUCGACGGCGGGUAUACGGCCCCGGCCUGGACUGACGUGGUAUAACGCGUCCAAGGCGGCGGUGAUCAACGCGACCAAGACGAUGGCGGUCGAGUACGGGCCCAAGCAGAUCCGUUUCAACUCGGUGAGCCCAGUCGUGGGCAGUACGGGCAUGACACACCUAUUUCUUGGAAAGCCAGACACUGAGGAGAACCGGGCAGGGUUUGUGUCUACGAUCCCUAUGGGACGGCCGUCAACGCCCAAGGACAUUGCGAACGCGUGCUGUUACCUGGCCAGCGACGAGGCCGAGUUCAUCACGGGCGUCAACCUGGAGGAUGAUAUGAUCGUGACGAUUGCCUGGGUCGGAGCCCUCGUGGGACAACCUCAGCAUUUUGCAAUCGUUGACGUCAGAGUAAUGCAGUGUGUAACACAUCUAAAGACUAGAUCGACUGUUCAAUGCAAAGUGUGCAUUGAGCAUCUUGCAAAUGGAAUUGCAAACAAGCAGCCCUCUACCAGCUUGUCAUGCCAUUUUCGCCCAGACAGAUUCCCCGAUCUUCGUGCCGAAACAAGCCGGGAGCUGGGGCCGCCGAAGCCGGCCAUCCUCAGCGGACUGCUCGCCGUGCUGGGUGUUCCUUUUAGCGGUCGCAAGCCUGUCUAG